AUGCAACAUCCUGCUGGUGAUUCUCCUCUGGAAAGGGAUAAAGAAGUCCCCGGGGAUGAGGGGCACUUGAAUGAGGAUCCCGAGCACCUCCAGGGUGGAUCAGGGAGCAGCAACUUGGACAGUGUCCUCCAGAAGCGUCUGGUAGCUGGCCCCCUUGGCUCCACAGGCAACCUGGGGUCUCUCCACCCAGAAGUGCAGUCCGAAGGCAAUGGGGCCUUUCUUCAUAGACACUGUGAGAACCAGGGGAAUCUUCUCCAGUUCGACCGGCAAGCCCCAGGCCGAAUUUCUACCUCUCCUACGUUGAGGAGAUUACGGGGCAGUGGAUGUGGGAGCUUGACCUCAACGCCUCAGCAGGACACCUGGGAGAUGCCCCCUUGGGGAAGCUGUAAGGAGCCUGUAAGAUCCACGUGUUAUCUUGCCAAGACUCCACCUGGAAGUCCAAAGGACUCUUCUCCCACCCUAUCACCCUUGAUAUUCAGCAAUCGGAGAUUGUCUUCUGACCCUGAAAAGGCCCUGCCCACAGCUGACUCAGUAGAACUUCAAAUGAGACCUUCUGAGAAGCAGACCCCUCCCCGGCAUCAGUCCAUCAACAAGGGGUUCCUUCACCAGGCCUCUCCCCUGCCCAGCCCCACCCCGCCACGCUCAAGCCCUCAGGUAACACAGCUCUAA